AUGGAAACACCAACAGAUACUCUGGACGAAAAAAUCAGAAAAAUUAUAAGUGAAUACAGCUGCAUACACUGUGGCAGCCCAAUCAGCAAAAGUGCGCAGCAUAGUGAGCUAUAUCGAACUUCCCCAGCCAAAUUUAAUUUCGCAGACCAAGCAGACUCAGUUAAAGACCAAGGCCAAAAUGCUAGCUUAAUAAAGCCAUCUUCAGAGUCAAAUUCUCUAUUUUUAGAAUCAUUAGAAACCUUUGCUGCGUUAAAAUCAAAACUUCCUCAGUCUUCUCAACCCCCAAUAACUCCAUGUGCAGGAGUCGUGAUUCCUUUGAGAUCAGGAGAAACAGUCAUUUCGCAUGGAGACGCGAUCAAAAAAUUCAAAGUAACUAGAGCUGUUCCUUUGAAGAAACAUUCUGAAAGUAAAAAAACACAGCAGCAAAACUUGAAAAAUGAACGAAAAAUCAGCUUAAAACCAAAAAAUGAGGCAAAAAUUACCCCAAAAACUCCUCUUUCCAGCACAGGACCAAUAAAGACUCCGCUAAAACCAAAAGAAAUUUCCAGCCCAAAAUCUCCUAACUCCCCCCCCCCUCCGUGAGUGAACAAAACCAUUAGAAAAAUCCCUAUUUUUUGCCCAAAAACCCACCCUCCGUGAGUGAACAAAAAUUUUUUUAAUAGAAAAAUGUUUUAUGGAAAAAAAUUUUGAUAUAUAUAAAUGAUAAUUAUUAUAAUGAAAUCUAGAGCUAAUUCUGUUUAUUUUUAAACGAAUUACUUUUUUAAAACAUAAAUUUUGCAAAUUGAAUUAAUAUUUGCUUUCCAAUUUUGUUCACUCACGGAGGGGGGGAGUAAAGUAAUAGAAUUUUCCUUAAAAGAAUAUUUUGUGAGCAAAGACCUUUCCCCAACCCCAUUAUUAGAUGUCCCUAAGCCAUAUCCCUAUAAAUCAGCUGACUUAGAGCAGCCAUCUCCAACACCCCAUAGAAAUAUCACAAUAAAUCUAGUAGAAAGCAUAAAACAGUGAAACCCUUUAGACUCUCCUAAAACAGCUGAUGCCUUAACAGCCAGGUCAGCUGCAUCUCCUAAUAACAAAAAAUCCAGCUAUAGAGCCUUAUUAAGUAAAUCCCACAGCACAAAAUUUAUUGACAUAAAAAAUCCUAUAAUUGAAAAAAGGAGGUUUUCCGAAGAUAACGUAAAAUCUAAUAGUGAUUUCGCCCCAAGACUUAAAAGAAAGCCAUAA